AUGUCGCUGGUUAUUCCAGACAAGUUUCAACAUAUUCUUCGUAUUAUGAAUACGAACAUUGAUGGCAAGCGUAAAGUAAUGUUCGCGAUGACUGCCAUCAAGGGUGUAGGCCGUAGAUAUUCCAAUAUUGUCCUGAAGAAGGCUGACAUUGAUCUUGACAAACGUGCUGGUGAAUGCACAGAAGAGGAGGUUGAAAAGAUUGUUACUAUCAUGUCAAAUCCUAGACAAUACAAAAUCCCAGAUUGGUUCCUUAAUAGGCAGAAGGAUAUUGUUGAUGGUAAAUUCAGCCAGCUAACCUCCUCCAACUUGGACUCAAAGCUUCGUGAAGAUUUGGAAAGGCUUAAGAAGAUCCGUGCCCACAGAGGCAUGCGUCACUAUUGGGGUCUACGUGUGCGCGGUCAACACACCAAGACUACUGGUAGGAGAGGAAGAACUGUUGGUGUCUCCAAGAAGAAGUAA